GCAGCUUUAAGUUAUCAGCUUUGUUUUUAUAUUAUAUUUUAAUGGUUUGACAUGGAUGUGGUUCUCUAUAUCGCAGCUGCAGCGAUUCUGCUGGUGCUGAUAGUGUUUUCUGUGAAGAUCCGCGGACGAACUCAAGACGCUGAUGUUGAGGAUCAUCAGAAUGUCACGGCUCGAGUCUCAGCGCGCCCGCAGGCGGCACCGGAGCGAGCAGCAGGGAUGCCACGCCGCCGCAGGGGUCUCCACAGCAGAGUGAACGCACAGCGGGCUCAGCGGGCAUCAGACAACGAGGACAGUCCAGUGGAGGCUGAUGAGGAUGAGGAGGGCAGAAACGCGUCUGAGGAACGUCCUCAAGCUGCUGGAAAAGUCGGAGCAAAGAAACAGCGGAAACUGGAGGAGAAACAAGCGCGGAAAGCUCAGAGAGAGCAGCAGAGACAGA